AAACUAUGGAUGACGUCAGUGUACGUCACUUAACAAGUGGGAGUGGAUGGAUGGAUGUCGGCAAUCGUGGUUGUUUUUACGAUUAGUGCACGAAAUUUCUCCAAAAUCAAGUAGUUUUCAUUCAAUAAUGUUUUAGGUUUUUUAGCAAUGUAGUGUCGUGAAAAGUGAAGUUGUUUUGCACGUGGUUUUCGGUACAUGGAAAAUCACCGAAAAACGUUUGCGCAUGUCUGUCUCCGAUGACGUCACGAAAAUUGUGGUUUUGAUCAGGCUCGCUCGGUUUUUUUUUUUUUUAGUACAAUAAUGUUACUGUGCGAAGUUAAAUAAUUCGUGAAACGAAAAAGGAACCUCAACCAAAAAGUAAUAUUCAACCGGUAUAAAUUUACAAGAAUCAGUUGAGGAUUGUACAAUACACAAUGAAUUUUGGAAGAUUGAGUGAAAACGAUGGAAGAAUUGGAAUUUUAUCAGAUAAAGAAACAAAAAAGAGUCGAUUUUAGUGAGAUGAAAAUGCUGUGCAACAUCCAUUCUGAAAAGUAGGGCAACGUCUCAUGAAAAAUUAGUGAAAAUAAUUGAAUUACGACGGUGCUUGUAAGCGGCUUAUCGACUAUUUUGGUCAUUGACGUAGGGAAUGAUAAAAGAGGGAAACGUGCAAACGCUGAGAAAAUUCAGGAUAACUACAGUUUCAUAAGAGUUUUUAACAUUCCAUCCCAAGGCAUAAUACAGCGUUCCCAAUUUCAGGAAAAAUUGCCACAAUGGGUCGGAAGAAGAUACAGAUCUCGCGAAUCACGGACGAACGAAAUCGUCAGGUGACUUUUAAUAAAAGAAAAUUUGGGGUAAUGAAGAAGGCAUACGAGUUGUCAGUUUUAUGUGACUGUGAAAUUGCAUUGAUUAUAUUCAGUUCAAGUAAUAAACUUUACCAGUAUGCAAGUACUGACAUGGACAAGGUUCUUCUCAAGUAUACGGAGUACAACGAACCCCACGAGUCACUUACCAACAAGAAUAUAAUCGAGGCGCUCAACAAGAAGGAGCAUAAGGGUGCAAUGUCUCCAGAGAGCCCCGAGCCGGAUACCAGUGAAUACAAUCUUACCCCCCGAACAGAGGCCAAAUACACCAAAAUCGAUGAGGAGUUUCAGAUGAUGAUGCAAAGAAAUCAGCACAACGGAACGAGGGGAAUGGGUCAGUCUAAUUAUACACUACCUGUUACCGUACCUGUGAAUAGUUAUGGAGGAGAAUCUCUUUUGGGAUCUAGUCCACAAAUGGCACACACCAGCAUCUCUCCAAGGCCAUCGUCAUCUGAAACUGAUUCAGUUUAUCCACCGGGAGGGAUGUUGGAGAUGAGUAAUGGAUAUCCACCGUCAGCAUCUCCAUUGGGCGGAUCUCCAAGUCCUGGACCUUCACCUGCUCUUGGAGUUGGUGGCGGUAGCGGAAAUAAACCUGGUAAUCCUCCUAGACAUUCACCACAACCACCGCCGCCACCUCAUCCUCACAGAGCCAAUUUACGAGUAGUUAUACCCACGCCUCUUACACAAUCUCUUUCAGAAGACACAAAUUAUGAUAGCGGACACACGCAAUCCUCGUUAAACACGCCGGUAGUAGCAUUACAAACACCAUCAGUUCCUGCUGGUUAUUCUAGUUUUGGACCAACAGAUUAUUCCACGGAUCUUGGCAAUUUAACGUGGUCUCAUCAGAGGUACGUUGAUGACUUAUCAAUGUAUUCAGCAGUCGCCAUGUCCAACAUCAGCGGUCUUCCUCAUUUAGCAGUGUCGAGCAGUACACCGCCGCCGCCCUCUUCGCCUUUAACAGUAAAAAUUAAAAGCGAACCAAUAAGUCCACCAAGAGAUCCACACGGGUCAAGCGGUGGACCAAGCAAUCCUAGUAAUCUUCAUCAUACGAAUUUGAGUAUUGGUCCAUCAUCAAGUGGUCCACCGCCACAUCAUCUUUCACAUACAGGUCCACAAACAUUGAAUUUAGUAUCGAGUAGACCAAGCAGCAAUCCACCGUCUCAUUCGGGCAGUAUAACGCCGACAAAUUUACCAUCGCCUGGUGGUGGUAAUGUUGUUGGCGAUCUCAGAAGUCACACGGGUGGCGGUGGUAAUGGAGGAAAUAGUUCAGACUAUGAAAAUGGACCACUUAUGAAACGUUCAAGAAUCACCGAGGGAUGGGCGACUUAAUAUCGAUUUAAGUAUCGCAAUCAAUUCAUCCCUUCGCACAAUGGCGCAUAGUGCUUGUGAGUUAAAGUUUUUUUUUCUAUACUAAAAAAAAAAAGAAAGAAAAAAAAUGAAAAGCAACAAAACAUAUAUAAACUACAGACAAAAAAAGAACUCUUUUUGUCAUUGUUGAAAAUCUUGAUUUUAAAUCAGGAACUGAACUGUUUUAAUGAAAGACGGCUUCAAAAAUCUCAGAAACCGCUUUCUAGCCAACAGUGCGCAAAAUCUGUUUAUAUUUUCAAACUAACACAGAAUACAUUUAUUUGAAAAAUAAAAUGCGGUGCCAUAAUGUUGAAACUUUAUAUAUAUAUAUAUAUAAAUAUUAUAUAUAUAUAUUCGAUUGAUAUAUAUAUUUUCAUGUAUAUAAUAAGAGGUGUUGUUUGUAUAUAUGUCUUGAAUUGAGAAAGAUUUAAACGAAGUGUUUACGCUUCACAGUGAAUGACUUAUGAAAAAAAAAAAAAAAGAAAAGGUAUCGGCACAAAGUGUGUGAGAAAUAUUAGGACCACCAUCGCAAUUGUUGUUAAAUGUGGUAUAGUAGUCUUCAAAAAAAAAAAAGCAGCAUGAUCCGUUAAUUUUAAAUUAACCCUCUUCGUUGGACAGCAAUCGAGUUUCAAAUGUCUUCGCACCAAUACUUUCGCACCGAUUAAUUAUUAAACUUAUUGAGAUAAACAGAGAGACAUUGUAGAAAAUGAAUUUCACUGAAUCGAUGAUUUUAGAAUUCCCCUUCGCGCACAAUCGUAUACUAUAUAUAUAUGGUAGAGAUUAAAUUUUUUCCAACGCACGCAGGGAGUUUACCUUAACGGUUCAAUGUCUGCUGGCACAUGAAAAGUCGGCUGCUGUACUCAAAAAUAAAAAAAAUAAAAUAAAAUAUUCACGAUAUUCUAUAUAUGGAGAACAAGAUUCGAAAUUAAUAUAUUGUGGAGUAACGUUAGAUAGUUAGAUAGAAACAUUAUUCUAUAAUCUUUAUAAGAUGGAAAACCGUUCACAAAAAAAAAAAACACUGGCGCAUAUUAUCUAUAUUAUAAAAUCUAUAUUAUCGUAUAUAAACAUUUUCCACGAGUAUUUUGCACAUUUGAUAUUUAAAAAAAAAAAAAAAAUACAAUGUACGAAGAGACAAUUUGCAAUCCUUUUCGAAGCCUAAAAAAAACGAGGGCUCGUCUCACAAGUAUGUGUCGCGAUUCGAGAAAACUUUCCAUACCGAUUGAUCGUCAUUUGGAUUUAAAAAAAAAUAUAAAGUUCGUACAAAAACAAAAGUACACCGAAAAGCGACAUUCCUUUUUGACAAAGUCGUUUUUCAAAUUUAAAAAAAAGCAAAUUUCUAAACUCGAAUAGCGACGUAACUUUUUUUAAGCAUUCUUUCACUUUUUUGGAAUGAUAUAAAGUUGUUUAGCGUCGUUGACGAGAAGAGACGUCUUUUUCUAAAUGUUGAUUGAAUCGAAAGUAUCGACCACGAGUACAAAUUUUCUUUUCGAGCCUUUCACUGUAUGCCUUACCUUGUUGUUGUCUGUAGACAUAUUCUCGUGAGAAUUGCUCUCGUGCGUUUCAAAGAUCGACGAGCGAAUGUAAUUUUAAUUGUAUUUUAAAUGGAGUACACAGGUAUUUAAAUAAAUAGUGCCUGGCACCAUUCGUGGCCCUCCUAUUAUCGUAAAUAUCGUAUAUAUAAAUAUAUAUAUAUAUAUGUAUAAGAAGAUUAUAUAAGCAAAUCUUCAAUUUUUUCUUUAUGAAAAAAAGCAUUAUUAUUGAAAAAAAAAAAUGAAUAAUAAGAGAAAAAAAAUAUUUGAAAAAAAAAAUUGUGAAUCGCGGGACACACGAAUAGUCGAUAUUUAAUCUCCAAUUUUUAAGAUGAUCACAAAGUGCAAUCUCUUAGCCAACACAAUUUUUUAAUGAAAAAAAAGAAAAAAAAACAAGAAAGAAAUAUAAAGAAAUUGUUAUUUUUCAUAAAUGAAAAUAUGAUGUUUAAAUGUAUCGAAAGGAAAGAUAUAUAUAUGCCUCCUCUCUAAUCGUGUAAAUUUUACAAUAUCGCAAAGAUACCAAAUUUAUUUUAUUCGAAAUCCUAGAUUAAGGUCAAACACAUACACACACACACAAACAUUGUUUCAUAUUGUCAUUGUAAAAAAAAUCAUUCGAAAAACUUCCAUUUUUAGAAAUUAUUUUUUUAUUAAAAUUUAAAAAAUUCUGUUUUUAAAAAAAGGGAAUGUUUUUUAAAAAGAAAUUUGUUUUUAUAAAAAAGAAUAUUAAUAUCAAAUGUACUGUAUCUGUGUGUUUAAAUAUGUUGCAAAAAAUUCUAUUGAAUAUUAUUUUUCAACAUUUUUAAAAAAUUUUAUUAUUUUUAUUUUACAAUAUUUUUUGUACUAAAUUUUUAAACGUCUUUUAUGCUAUUUUUCUAAUGUUUGUUUUAAAACUCUUGAAUUUAUGAAAAUUUAAAAUACAGAAGUGUUAAUAUUUUUAAAAUAUCUCAAGAUGUUUUUAAAAAAAUUAUUUUAGAAUUGACUCUUAUAAAGUUUUAUUAAAAAUAAACUUUAAAAGAUUGUUUGCAAAAAUCUGUUACAAAAUUUUGAGAAUUUAAUAGAGAAUUUUCACGUUUGAAUUUAUUUAUUUUUUUUUUUUUUUGAAACUAUUUCUUUUUAAAUGUUUAUUUCAUGUGUAAAUAUAAAUAUAAUUGAGUUAAUAUAUAGAUUUAUGAUUAUUAUCUAAUAAUAGUGGAGAUGAGAAUUUUUAAAUAAUUUUUAACUUUGUUAAUUUAUAAAAAAAAAUUUAAAUAAUUCUAAUUAUUAAAUUUAUAUUAUUAUAAAUUUAUAUAACUGUUAUUUGAUAAAAGAGAUGACGAAAUGAAAUUUACCAAAUAAUGUGAAAAUAUUUCUAGAAAUGGAAAUUUUCAAAAAGGAAGUUUUUCGAGUGUUUGUGAACAAAUUUUUUUUUUAUAAAAGUGAUUGUGUAUUUUUUAUUUUUGUCAUAUGGCAAAGCGAGAAAGAAGCUACAUAGGACAAUCUAUUGUGUCAGGAAAGUCGCACUUCUCACGAAAAAUGAUCGUCAUUCGAAUUUGUUCUGUGAUUGAGUACUAUACAAAUUUUUAAAACUGUUGUCUCAAAGUACGAUAUUUUAUUCGCAGUUUCACUUUCUCUCUCUCUCUCUUUCUAUAUCUCUCUUAUAACUAUGAAUCAGGGUCACAAUGUCCUCCGAUAUUAUAAUUGCGACGCGUGUACGUACUAGUGAUAUAAAGAAAAUUGAUAAUUUCCUCAAGAGUAAGAAACUUUUUAAAAAGGAAAUUCAUUUCUCUGAUAUACCAGUGACUAUAUUAAAGCACAUAACUUUUUAAAAUAUUAUUCAAUUCUAUGAUUUAAAAAAAAAAAAAAUGUUUUGUUAAGCACCGACUCAGGAAUGAAAGUCACUCUCUUCAGUGCAGAUUGAUUGCGAGAUUUAUAUUACUAUCCGACUUUACCACAAAAUACAGUAUAUAUAUAUGACGUACUAGCUAAAUUUAGAAUAUCGCUUAAUUUGUUAACUGUACGUGUCGCACAUGCGUACAUUGUAAUGUAUAUUUUUAAUAUCGAGUAUGUCUAUAAGUGAUACUUUGGUCAAGUUAAAGAAAAAAUGAUGUAACGAAGAUUUUAUAUUUGUUCGACACAGCUGAUGACCAAGGAACCAAUUUUUCUUAUAUAUAGAGAAAUUAAAUUUUUUUCUUUCCUUGAAAUUUGUGAAACUGCCACAAAGAGAGUUUUUAGACAAAAAUGUGAGAAGGUAGACUCACUGCAAUCAUGAAAAUAUCUAUAAUUGGCGUUGUUAAAUUAGUUUUUAAAAAACAGCUUUUUUUUAGAUAUUAAAUUUUAAAAAAACAGCUGAAUUCAAUUUUUUCUGAUGAAAACUUAGUAUGUACUGUUUUUUUAAGAAAAAAAAAGAAACCCAAAAUAGCGGAUUUUAAAAUUACAAAAAAAAGAAUUCGAGCUUUUGAAAAGAAUGGUUCAAUUUUCUUUUUUUUUAAUGACUUGGUACUAAGUUUUUGUUCAGAUAAAUAAAAAGCAAUUCGAAUGCAAUAUUAAACUAAAUCUUCCUCUACUAGAUCUCGAAUCAAUUUGUUGUCUGUGAAUCUUCAUAAAGUGCAAUUUUUUUUUUCUUGUUUAUCCUGAUGUUGGUCAUACAGCUGAUCUUGACGAAUUUAAAUUGCGCUUGCUUCUCAAAAAAAAAAAAGUGAGAAAAAAAGAAAUAAUUUCCUGUUAAAAGUGAGAAAAUAUCUCGUUUUUAAUUUGCUCCCUCAAAAAUUGUACAAAUGAGAAAAGAAAAUAGAAGAAAAAUCCUCAAAAUCAAUAUUACAAAAAAAUAUUUUCCAUAAGUCAAAUUACAUAAAAUCUCUAAAUUUAAAAGAAAAUUUGAUUAUCUCUUAAGAUUUUUCAUUCAGUAAUUUUUUAUUUGAUCAAAGAAAUUUCUUUUAAUUUUAUUUAAUAUCAAUUAAUAAUUUUGAGGGUGCAAAUUCGAAAAUUUGAGAUGUUUGUGAAAAAACAGGUGAAGCCAUAAUAACUGUAAGCGAAUGGUCAGUUGUACUAUUGUUUCGGGUAGCGAAACUAAAAAAAAAAAUCAUAGGGUAUAUUAUAAAAUACGGAAAUAAGUUAGCUCUUAGCGAGCUAAAACGCGCAAUGAUUGUUGAUAAGUGAAUUGCAAUGCACGGCACAAGUACAGACCAUGUAGCGAUGUAAAAUGUAUGUACUAGCCACAACUGUUGUCACCACAAAAAAAAAAUAAAUAAAUAAAUAAGCGAUUAUUAAGUUAUGCAGGUUUAAGUACCGAACAUAUCUGUAAAGCCAGGUAGCAUCACGUUUCAGAAAAAAUAUAAAUUAAGAAUAUCGCCAUUUUUAGCGUUACUGUUAUAACACAACUGUGCAUUUUAAAACUAAAAAAAAAGAAAAAAAAUAAUGGGACGCUUCGUCAAUAAUUUCAAAAUCAUUUUCACGUAACGUCCAAACGUCAAAUAAUAUAAUAAGUGGGCUGAUGAAAAUAAAUUAGUUUUGAAAUGCACCUUUGAAGAACGAAGAGUUUAUUAACCGAGAGAAUUUUUAGCGUGUUACGAAAAUAUUUGACCUUUUUUUUUCUUUGUACGAUAAAGUUUAUUAGAAGGUUGUUUAAACAUGUUUUUUGCGCGAAAUUGUGUAUUUUAGUGUUAAGAUGGAUUUUUAAUUACUAUUAUAUUGCAAAGUGUAUAAAUUUUUAAUAGAAUUAUGUAUGUGUACGUAUAUAUAUACACACACAUUAAACAAGAAUAUAUAACACAUAAUGACCACUGAAAAAAAGAUACAUGUGAAAAAAAAUUAUAUUUGAAAAAAAAUUACAGAAAUAGAGAACAAAUUUUGACAUGCUUGUGUAAAUACACGUAUAGUAUUCGGCAUGUUUAAAAAAAAAAAAUGUGAGUAUGUAUAUAUAACAAGUAAUACAUAAUGUUGUAGGAGUAACAUGUUAAAGAGUAGUCGUGCGUUAAAUUAGAUCUUAAAUCCAAGAAAAAAAAAAGAAAGUAAUACUUAUAGUGCCAUUGUAACUGACUAAUGAUUAAAAAAAAAAAUACCAGUUUAUGUUUUAAGUAGUACCUUAGAAUGUUAUUUGAGGAAAAUAGUUGCGGUGUUGAAGACAAAGACUCGGUUUAUGUUAUUUUUUUUUCAUGUUUACCAAUCACAAGAACAGUCAUUUCAUAUUAUAUAUGAUAAAAAAAAAUUAGGUGCAAUUGAUGAAAAAAAAAAAAAAAAUUAUGAUAAAGAAAAGUGUAAAUUGGCAAAUAUAUUAUAAUUGUGUAUAAUUGUAAUGAACAUCCUAAGAAAAAAUCGCAACUCUUUAUUUAAAUACGUAUCUCAUUUUUGGUGCUCGAUAUACCCAGUUAUUGUUAUAUUAUUACUGAUCUACAUGACUAUAUUAUCAUAUUGCCUAUUAUCGGUCAGUAAAAUAAUUUUUCGGAGUUAGUGAUUAUAAAGACGAUGGUUAUUUGAUAUCGCUAUAUAUGUAAAUCACUCAGAUAUACAUAUAUGACCUUGUAAAACACAUACACAUUGUGGUUAUAUUUCAGUGUAUCAGCAUAAUGAUAUAAUUAUUAUGAUGUUGCCCAUAGAAUACAUUUUACUUGGUUUUUA